AUGGCUAUAUUGAGGAGAAACCCCAAUCCCUCCAAUAAAGGCAAAUCGCAGUUCUUUAAAUGGAAUACUAAAUCAAAAGACUGGCACAUGACUAACUGUGAUGGCACCGUAUCGUUAUCUUCGGUGAUGUCGAGUCAAAAGGGGCCAGAGGAUUCUUAUGGAGCCACAUUCAAGACGGUGGAGUAUGGAAAGUCGGAGCAUAAGUGGAAGGAUGGGAUGCGGGAGUUAGAGGUACAGACUUUCAGAUGGACAGAGACGUUGAGAGUGAGAGAAGAGGAGCGAAAAGCGAAGGAGAAGAAAGAGAGGCAAGAGAGGGAUAAAUUGGAAAAGGCUGUGGCGGCAAAGGAAAAGAAAGAGGGGCAAGAGAGGAAAGAAUCGGAAAAGGCUGUGGCGAAAAAGGAAAGGGUUAGGCAACUGGAAAAAGCUACGAGGCAACUCAAUCUGGAGGCGGCUGCUGAUGCAAAUGAGGGAGGGAAAGGGAAAGGUAAGAAGUCUAGCCAUAAUAGUGGAAGGGGGGAAGGCUCUAAGCAGCGGGCAGAUAGUCCUGGGCGAGGAGGUCAGCGCCCUGGACGAUAG